UCCUCCCGCGAGCGCGGAGCGGCGAGCCCGGCGCGGCCAUGGGGAGUGGGAUGAGCCAGAUCCUGCCGGGCCUGUACAUUGGCAACUUCAAAGAUGCAAGAGAUGCAGAACAAUUGAGCAGAAACAAGGUGACACACAUUCUUUCUGUGCAUGACACUGCCAGGCCCAUGUUGGAGGGAGUUAAAUACCUGUGUAUUCCAGCAGCAGACUCACCGUCUCAAAACCUGACAAGACAUUUCAAAGAAAGUAUUAAAUUCAUUCACGAGUGCCGACUGCAGGGUGAGGGCUGUCUCGUACAUUGCCUGGCUGGGGUCUCCAGGAGUGUGACCCUGGUGAUCGCAUACAUCAUGACUGUCACCGACUUUGGCUGGGAAGAUGCCUUGCACACCGUUCGUGCGGGGAGGUCCUGUGCCAACCCCAACCUGGGCUUCCAAAGGCAGUUGCAGGAGUUUGAGAAACAUGAAGUGCAGCAGUAUCGGCAAUGGCUGAGAGAAGAGUAUGGAGAGAACCCUUUGCGGGAUGCCGAAGAAGCCAAAAAUAUUCUGGGUAAAUAUAAAGAGCAAGGGCGCAUGGAGCCCCAGCCUAACAGCAGGCGGUGGAGCAGCUUCUCAGCCCUGCCUCCUCUCACCUACAAUAACUACACAACAGAGACCUAACAGACAGAGCUGGUGUUUGCCUUCCCGCUGCGGGUCUUCUGGGUUGCCUACCGUGUGCUGGUGUGCCUGAUGUGCUGGCUCGUGCCUCUGAGGACAACAAGAGAGGUCGCAGCGAGCUGGAGCACUCAGGGCUCCUUCCCAGAACCCCGCCCUACUCAGGCUUUUUCACUCUCCCAUCUUCGCCCAGUCUUUUCCUCACCUGAACUUGCCCAGCCUGGGAUGCUGCCCGGCCACUAUAUUUCUCGAGUGUGUGCAAGAGUGUGGAUGUGCAUGUAUGUGUGUAAGAGUGUGCAUAUGCACCUACAAAUGUAUGCAUUGCGAACGAGUACACAUGUAAAUGUGUCUUUGCAUAUGGGACCUGAGUGUUUAUGGUGCUGAAAGCUAUAAACCCCCGUUGCCAGAACUGCAGUGGUCACAGUGUUCAGUCCACAUGGAAGUCAUUUGAACUUGGCCUCUGAAAAGCUACUCUCCAAGUAACAGCCUGUGCCUGUGGUGAAGGAGAACUCAGGGCGUGAGCAGCUGCAAAAUAGUGGUGUUCCACAUCCUGAGAUGGUACAGAGGAAGGGACAGGAUCCUCCAGAGGAAGGGUGGCAUAAUCCCGAAAAGUUUUAUGUAUAUGGAAACAAGGGAGGGCCUUUCUGAGCAGUGUCUUGGACUUGAUAAGUAUACAGACUUCAACCUUGCCAGCCCAUCAUGUCCCUGAGUUCCACUUGGUGCCUGCUCUGCGUGAGACCAGUGUCAUUUGACUUCCAUGUUGAUAUGGUAUGGUGACAGGGAGGACCUGAGACACAGUAGCCCUAUACCAGAGGUCUGGCCCACCUCCUAUCUGCUUUUACACACUUCAGCCUCUGGCUAGCCUCAUGUUGCAGGGUUCUCAUCUCAGGUUUGCAUGUACCUGCAGGAAUUGGAAAGAAAGAACAGUUAUUAAACCCCAUAGCAGGUUGUGAUUUAAAAUGCCUAAGUAUUCACUGAGCUCACUGUUGUAUGCUGUGGACUUGACCUUUGACUCAGCUACCUCAUGAGGUUCCUUCCUUCCUUCCUUCCUUCCUUCCUUCCUUCCUUCCUUCCUUCCUUCCUUCCUUCCUUCCUUCCUUCCUUCCUUCUUUAAGGCUGGAGUUUCUUUGGUACCCCAGUCAAUUCUGCUUCAUAGUUGAGAAUGUUUGUUAUAUGACUUUUGUUUUUAAAACCAAAGAGAAAAGCUUACUUAUAUCAUUGAGUGAUUUAAAAUUCGCAGUUUGGUUUCCAUAAAGUUUUCUAGUGGGUCAAACCCAACCUUCUGGCCUUGAGAGCUCUGUAGCUCAGUUUGUGGCAGCAGGCACCCAGGAAGCUCUGCACAGUCUAGUGUCCAGUCCUUUAUACCAGUUCACAUUUCUUAAGCAUGCAGAACCAUGCAAAUGAAAAAUAUACUCAACCUUUCCCUAAAGCUACUGAGCCAGGCUUCUCUGAAGCUUAAGAAGUCCUGGAGUAAGAAGCAGCAGUCUUCCUGUGUGUAUGGAGCCCUUUGGGGCCCAGGGAAAGUGAGGUUGCCAACUCUCGGUGUGUGCAGGCCUUGCCAAACAAUAGCAUGGGGAGUGAAGCCUGAAUAUGUGUGCACAUGUGUGAACGGCUACAUAUGUUUCCAUAGGUUCUCAACUGUCUUAAUUUUUGUUGCCAGUAAUGUUCUUUCUCCACAGCUGCCCCGGGAAUUCUGAAGUACUGGGCCUUUCUCAGAAGACUGUAAUGUACCUGAAGUUUCUGAAAUAUUGCAAAGUUCAGGCUGGUGCUGCCAAAAAGAAAAGUGACAUAGAGUUUAUUUUUAAGAAUCCAAUAGUGAUUUGUAUACUUGUUUAUUUUUCAUUUUAAACUGAAUGCAUGUAUAAUCAUGUUGGAAUAUGUUAAGAACUAUGGAGAUUCUGUAGCAAGAGAAAAUAUCUUUGCCUUAACUCCACUGCUGCUGUGGUUCCUUCGAUCUGACCAAUGCUCAUACAAUGAUCUCAAGAGCUCUGUCUGUUUUGUAAUAGUAAAUGCCUCCUGUGAACACUACCUGAGGAGGAAGCCUCCCCCUGGGAAGUGUGCAGUGUGAACUCUGCCCUCCUGUUAAGUUCUCCAGCUCCAGCCAUGUCUCUUGGUGUGUGUCUUGUCCACUGUUGUUGUUCUAUAUGGUAGAAUUACCAAAAGCUAUUCCGAUUUCUUAAUAAAGGGCAAGUCAACCAAGUCUGACAUCA